GGUCAAAGUUUACACGUGCAACGUCACGAUAGGAACACAGUUGGAACGUCAGCUUCCAAAGAAAACAUACAUUUCUGCGUAAAAUGUGCUUGAUUUCACGUUUAAUUCAGCGGUUUUAAUUCAACGGGAUACAAUGCAGAUGCUUUGAAUGCAUAUCGAGCCGUACAGUAGUAGUUGGUCAUGUUUUAAACUUUGAGUUACGAGUUUGCAGCGGAGCUAGUGAACUAACGUUAGUUUGCGAGACAUGGAUCCGCUUGACAUAGUAAUGGACGAAGUGGCGUUGGAGGGACUGGACGGGGUUACCAUCCUCUCUCUGUGGAUUCGGUUGGAAAAGAGGAACCCCGUUUUCCCACGGAAUCUAGACCCGUGUACUAAAGAGUUCAUUUGGAAAUCCUUGGUCUCGAACCGUGAAGUCGACUUCUUCGAGCUGCCGCAAGAGAGAGCGGACGUCGUGCUCGUCGACCGAUUUGCAGACAUAGAUCCAGACACAGGGAUUCAGGAAGCAUCCCAUUGGGACAGAGUGGACUCCUACCCUGUCCAGAUCUUAUUGGAGGAUAAGAGUGGAAUCCAGGGCUCGUGUGUCUUCUUCAAGGAGAGGAGAAACGUCACCCCAAUCAUCCGCACCACCAACCUGACGCCAUGUGUAACGUUAGAGGACGCCUUCAAAAGGUGGAGGAGGAAGCUGGUAAUGGUGGCCUCCCAGAGGUUAAGGUUCAGGGUGUUAAUAGGUGACGGAGGAGACCCGGACUUGAAGCUGACUGACCACUCAUACUGUAUCCUGGAGAGGGUGGGGAGGGCCCGCUGGCAGGGAGAGCUACAGAGAGACCUGCACUCCUGCUCAUUCAAGACGGACGCGAGGAAGAUGCACUACUUGAGGAAGUCUCUGACACAGAAUGAUCUGAUCACCAUGCAGUCUCAUGUCCUCAGACUGGCCAGCGGAGCACAGCAACACUCCAUACUGCUCCUGCUCAAACGCUUCCACGUAGACCGGCGUAGUAAGUAUGAUAUCCUGAUGGAGUUGACCUCUAACCUCCUGUCAGAGGCGCCCAACCACACAGCCUCCAUGAUCACACUACGAGACCAACUGAGUAUCAGUGAGAGGACCUUCAAGCGUAUGUAUCAGUACAUGCAAGCAGCCAAACUGGUCCAAGUGGUCAUUAAACCAGUUGAACACCUCAACCCGACAGUAGGCCCCUGUGAUACCAGGAGAGGCACCAAGGUGGUGGCUCGCUGUCUGAAGCUAAUCAAACCCUAUGUGAGGAAGGAGUUGGUCGAGGCUGAGGAUGAUGAUGAUAACGACGAUGAUGAUGGGGGAGGAGCAAAUAGGAAGACCGUCCCCACAGAGGGGCGGAUCAUGGAGAGAGACUUACUCUCACAGGCCUAUGGGAUCAUCGUGUCCUGCGGGACCAAGGGCAUCUCUCAGAGUGCGUUGCGUGCGAGGAUGUGCAUCGGCAAGCUGGAGUCUCGUAUGAUCUGCCGACUGCUGGAGAGGACAGACAUGAUCAAGGGUUUCAUGGAAGACGAGGGGCGUCAGAGGACCACUAAGUACCUCGGCCAUCUGCACGUCGACGAGUCCGAUCUGCUUCGACAUCUGGUGAAAGAGCAGGAGCGAUCAGACCGGCUUCGCACUGUAGGGGGAGGAGGGGAAGGAGAGGGGGCCCCCCAAACCCCAGCACAGGCCACCCUAAAAACACCAGCUACCACAAAGACUCGGCCUACACCAAAAACACCAUCGCUUCUGGAACCUCUGGGAAACACUGAGGGAGAGGAGGAGAGAGAGAGGGACGAGGAAGACGAAGACUGGGAAGUCGAGAAGAAAGGGAAGAAGGGAGCGAAGAAGAAAAAUGCAAAACAAAAGAAAGUGGGCAAGAUGUCUCUCCUGAAGCCGUCCAAACUCCACUUCCUGGUAGCUCAUCACUCUGCACCUAUCACGAGUGGAGCCAAUCAGGAGCCAGAGCUGGAAUCUUGGCUUAGCCCAGUUGAGGAGGAGGAGUCAAAAUUCGGUCCUGACGUUUCAUUGGACCAGACGGGGAGUAUGUUCGCAGGCAACAGCCAAGCGGAGGACAGCGUCACGGUCAUCGAGGACAUCCCCAGUCAGAAGGAGCACCACCGCCAGACGUACCGCCUGCUGAAGAGGAAGAACGUGAUUGUGGAAGCUGUUCAGAGCCUCAAGAUCAUAGAGGGCCUCUUCACAAUCCAGAGGUUGGUUCAGGAUGAGGAGAAGCUAGAUGGUGUGAACACUAAGUGUUGUAGGAAGUCUAUCCUGCGUCUCAUCAGAUCUCUGUCUAAAGAGGGAAUGCUCAAACUGUUCAGAACCACUGUUAUACAGGACGGAGUCAGCAAGAAGGUGGAGUUUAUAGUCCACCCCUCUGUCUCUCCUAGUGAUGCUUUAGUGAAGUCGGCUAUAGAACAGGUCCGCUUCCGCAUCUCCAGCUCCUACCCUGCUGCACGUAAUGAAAUGCAGGAAGAGGCGAAGGAGAGAGAGAGGAGCAGUGUGGGAAAUGAGGUCCCUGCUGAACCCCAGAAUAUGAGAACAGAGGACAAGAUGGGAGACAAAGACAAACAACUGAAGAACUUCAAACCUUCUAUAGUUCCAGGUCUCAGCAGGUCUUUGGGGUACCAGCCUAAGAUGCCUCGUCUGAGACUGACACACACCUUCUUGUGGUAUCUGGUCUACGGACACCCCCUGAGACACCCCUCUACCCCCACUCCCCCUGACCUCCACAACACCUCCAGCUCUAUCGUCCUCCCCACUGAUAACCCUGGUGUCCAGACUACCUACCCCACCACCCCCAGUAACCCCUCACAACCCCAAACUACACACCAUGACGACACCCAUCCUUCUAGCUCUGAACACACAGACCUUACCACCUCAACCCCCCGAAACACAGACUCCCCCAAUCCCCAGAACUCAGACCUCCCCACUUCAACCCCGAAACACAGACUCCCCCAAUCCCCAGAACUCAGACCUCAACUCAGACCUUACCACCUCACCUCCCCCCGAAACACAGACUCCCCCAAUCCCCAGAACUCAGACCUCCCCAUCUCAACCCCUCGAAACACAGACUCCCCCAAUCCCCAGAACUCAGACCUCCCCACCUCAACCCCCCGAAACACAGACUCCCCCAAUCCCCAGAACUCGGACCUCCCCGACACCCAGAGCCCACCCACUGACAACGCUGCAGUAAGCGACCCCGCCUCCACAGAUGGACAGCCAGGCCUGACCCCUGACCUGGAAGUGAUGUCAUCGUUGGCGGAGGAAGGGCAGGACGUGAUCAAUCUGACAGAUGUCGGACACGACCCUGACAUGAAAGUCUAUGUAGAUGAGGUGUCUUGGAGGAGGUUCAUCCCCCCGGCUCCGGUCCACAGAGAGUUUGGUCCAGGCUGGGCCCUGACCUCUGAUGUGGUUCUCUGUCUGCCUCUCUCCAUCUACAUUCAGAUUAUACAGAUAUCCUUCAAGGUGGAUGGUUUGGAGGAGUAUCUGAACGACCCAGUGAAGCAGCACUACCUCAUCAGGUUCCUGCCUUCUAGGAUGAAGACCCAACUACUGCACAAACGGAAGUACAUCUUUAGUUUCCAUGACAGCAUGCAGCGUCUGAUUUUCAUGGGUCUGCUGCAGUUUGGCCCGGUGGAGAAGUUCCAAGACAAAGACCAGGUGUACCUGUAUGUGAAGCGUAACUGUAUGAUAGUAGACACUACUAUGUGUGAGCCCCACUAUAACCUGGUGUUGGAAACGAGGGUGUUUGAGAGACGCAGAUACACACUGAGCACCCUGACAGACGUAGAUAACUACUGGUUUGACCUGAUGUGUGUCUGCCUCAACACACCACUUGGCGUGAUCAGGAAGGAGCGUCCGAAGAGAAGCUCUGCCUCCAAAUCCCAGGAGGGGUCAGUCGGGGUUCCCGUGGAAACAGACCGCCACAAGUUCCGUCACCUGGAGCACAUGCUCAAGGGCAGCAGGGAGGUGUGUUACACAGCAGUAAUACCAGGGGACGGUAAAGGAGCAGGAGGUCUGGACUCUGAGUUCUUCGGACACCUCAAACGCAACUGGAUUUGGACCUGUCAUCUGAUGAGAACCAAGAGGAGCAACAACCAGUACGAGUCCAGUAACACCGUGAGACUGAAUAGUCUACUGACCAAACAUGUGACCAUGGAUAGAGGCCCCAAGUUCCCCGGGCCCCAGUCCUCUAAGCAGGGGGUCCCAGCAGGGUUGAGGUUGGAGGAGGUCCACAUCUCCACUGAGCCGUCCAGUAGGAACCGGCUGGUUAAAGGAGGGAAGAAGCAGAAGAGGAAGAGAACCAUUAAACUGAAAAAACAGGCCAAAACACCACAGAAGAAGAAGAAAGUCGAGGUUAGAAAGCGGCCCCCAGUCCAUGAUGCAGCAGACCACAAAGCUCUGAUGAUGAUGACCAGACAGAGAGUAACAUGGAGCGUCAGUGAGGACUCUGUACUCAUCCUCUGUAGAGUCGCUUCACACUUCCUGAACCGCAAGCUCCGCAGGCCCUUCGUCCCGUGGUGUGUAGUGAGGGAUCUGCUCCACACAGAGUUUGAAGAGUCUCUGGAUAAAACCUCUCCGUCUGUUGGACGACGAUCACGUUACAUCCUGAAGAACCCACAGACAUACCUCAACUACAAGAUCUGUCUGGCGGAGGUGUACCAGGACAAGCCUCUGAUAGCGAAACUUCAGGGAAGGAAACACGACCCCAACGACCCCAAGGAAUGUUCUACAGUAUUCCGGGAGUUUGUGUCGUUACUCAGACAGAAGUUCAGCUCCGCCUCCGGGUCGUGUGAUGUCACCAUCCCUGACACCAAGACACAGCUGUUCUCACGGUUCAAGGUGUACACCCUGGAGGACAUGUCAGAUGAGAAGACCAAGGACUCUCUCAACAGUAUUGAGGACAUCCACUCCCUGGUGUUGAAUAAUCUGAUCCAGAGUACAUUGGCCAUGUCCAACUCUCAGAUGAAAUGCUGCCGAUCUUUCCAGACCUUCCAUACCUACAGUAGGUACCGUCAGGAGGUUCUGUGUCAGGUGUUUGUCCAGUGCAGGAAGAAGGGAUUGGUCAACAGGCGAAGGAUCAGUCAACUGUGUGGUCCCAAUAAGAACCGUGCCCUACCCAUCCUGCCCAUGUCUUACCAACUGUCUCAAAGCUACUACAGGUGUUUUACAUGGCGUCUGCCCAUGGGUCUGUGUACAGAGGUGUUUGACUUCAUGCAGGCCUUGAGUGAGAAUGGGACUGGAGACAACCACCCUUCCACGGUCUUCAUACACGAAGGAAAGGAGAAGGAGAAGUGGGUGUGCAUGGAGAGAGGGGAGGUGGGCAUGAGAGGGGAGGUGGGCACGGAGAGAGGGGCGGUGUGCACGGAGAGAGGGGAGGAGAGAAGUGAGAAUAAAAUGAAGAAUAUGGAAAGAGGGGAGGAGGAGAGAGAAAAAGAGAAAGAUGAAGAUAUGGAGACUGAAGACAGAGGGAAGAACACAGAGAACGAGGAGGAGAACGAGGACAACGCGGCCCACAACCAAGCGGAAGAACAGGUCUCGUCUUUUACCGUCCAUGGAGUUGACUCUACCUCCGGGGGCCCUGCCUCCUGUCCUCUCACCCAGACGGAGGAGCCGGAGUCGGGGACAGCACCCGGCCCUGCCUCCUGUCCUCUCACCCAGACGGAGGAGCCGGAGUCGGGGACAGCACCCGGCCCUGCCUCCUGUCCUCUCACCCAGACGGAGGAGCUGGAGUCGGGGACAGCACCCGGCCCUGCCUCCUGUCCUCUCACCCAGACGGAGGAGCUGGAGUCGGGGACAGCACCCGGCCCUGCCUCCUGUCCUCUCACCCAGACGGAGGAGCCGGAGUCGGGGACAGCACCCGGGGACCCUGCCUCCUGUCCUCUCACCCAGACAGAGGAGCCGGAGUCGGGGACAGCACCCGGGGACCCUGCCUCCUGUCCUCUCACCCAGACAGAGGAGCCGGAGUCGGGGAAAGCACCCGGCCUUGACCCCUCUCUCCCUCUGGAUCUCACGGAGAUGUUGCAGUUCUCCCUGGAGUCCCCGGGGGGCGCCACUCUGGCCUGUCUCAGUCUGAUGACUCUGGGUCUGCUGUCAGUCCACGUCUCCAUACCUGAACACAUAGUGGUGUUGGACAGCACCAUGGUGGACAAUGAGGUGGUUAAGAGUAUCUCAGUGCUGGCUGAGGAUGAUGAUGAUGAAGAGGAGAACGAGGGGCGGAGUCGGAUCGAGGUCAGGGCUCACAAGGCGUCCCACACCAAGUACCUGAUGAUGCGUGGAUACUGCGUUCCCGGGAUCGUCAACCUCCGAAACCUCAACACCAACGAUAGUAUCGUGGUGGAAUCGUGCACCAUGAGACUACAUCUACGACACACACCUGUACACACACUGUUUACUACCCAGGACUCUCCUCCCAUAGACUUCUCCAGACACGGUCCCUCUCUCCUCCCCUCUUUACUCUCCCAUUCCCUCAGAGCCCAUCCCUCCUCCUCCUCCUCUCCCUCCUCCUCCCCCCUCCCCUUCUCCCCCUCCUCCUCCGUAGAGGUGUGUGAGGGGCGUCUGGUGACUCAGAGAGGGUAUAGCCCAGAGGACAUUGGUGCUGUGGCAGAGCUCAGAGCAACGCUGGAGAGACACGGAGCCUUCGGAUUGGACAGGCGGGACCUGGUGACAUCACACACACACCUGGCCGACCCGAGAGACGGACGGACCAGAGGUCUGCAGCGGUACAUACAGGACUUGCUGGAGGAAGAGCUGGUGUUGGAGGUGGGAGGGAGCUCAGUGCGUCUGGUGUUAGUGAGUCACGCUGAGCCCUGGCUACUGACCUCCACAGAGAGUCAGAGAGACCGGCCACACCAAACCCAGCGAGGAGCCUCUGCCUUUGGGGACAGAAAGCACCACAACCCCCUCCUCCGCAAGAGAAGAAUGGUGGCCCCCAGAGAGCAUGAACCACGUAGUAAGAGAGGGAGAAGAGAAACGCUGAUGGAGGAAGAGGAGGUUGAGAAGAGGGAGGAGACACCGGAGGAGGAGGAGGAGGAGAAGAUGCAGCCUGAAGAGAAAGACAGGAACGAGACUGCAGAGGAGAGAUGGAUGAAGAGAAGAGAGGAGGAGGAAGGGAAAGAAGAAGAGAGGGUACAAGAGGAACCAUCAUCUACCAUUGAGACAGAACAGAGCACAGUGGGCGACGGCGAGAAGCCAUUUUCAUCUCUAGCUGAGGAAGAGGAUGGUGAAGCUAGCACUCUGCGUGAGGAAGAGGAUGGUGAAGCUAGCGGUCUGCCCGAGGAAGAGGAUGGUGAAGCUAGCGGUCUGCGUGAGGAAGAGGAUGGUGAAGCUAGCGGUCUGCGCGAGGAAGAGGACGACAGCGGCGGCGUGUGUGACGUGUCGUUCGUCAGUCGUCCGUGGCGUAUCGUGGACGGCAGUCUGAACAGGCCGGUGUGUAAAGGCAUGCUGGACGCUGUCCUCUACCACAUCAUGACCCGGCCUGGUUUACCAGAACACGUCUUGCUGGAACACUACAGAGGGGUCUUGCAGCCAGUGGUGGUACUGGACCUCGUGCAGGCCCUCGUUGAGUUGGGCUGUAUCAAGAAGAAGUACGUGACCAGACGUCCCAAACCCUCCCUCUUCUCCCGUCCAGCCGCCGUCCUCAUGGUGGGGGAGGAGAGAGAGGGAGAGACGGGGGUGAGGCUGGAGGAGACGGGGGUGAGGCUGGAGGAGACGGGGGUAAGACCGGCUGAGACGACCACUGUGUUCUAUGAGCCGACCAUCGACUGCUGUCUGCGUCUAGGACAGGUUUUACCCCAUGAAAACAACUGGAACCAGUGGGUCCAGUUCGCACAACAUGAGAACAAACAGUAAGGACUGGAGUUAAAACUGAUCUGGGUUCUAAUUCUUUAGUACCUCGCUGUACUGAAACGUUUUUAUACUGAAAAUGUUUUGCAACAAAAAAAGUUUAUAUUGUGAAAAAUGAAAGUUAGUCCCUAUGAUUCUGUUGUUAGUGGAUACACACCAGGACUGCUAGGGGACGGGAGUUUUACUUGAUCACGAUUAAUAGGCCCAGGAGUUAAAACAACAAGUUUCUUCACAGUGGUUAACCCAAAGAUCUUUAGUUCUGACUCUUACCGGACAGCAAGAUUAGAUUUUAGCUAUAAAAAAAAAUGCUGUUUAGUUUCAGUUGUAGUGACACAGAUCUCUGGGAAUUAGUUUCACAUCUUAGAUGUCCUUUCAUUGGGGAAAACAUGUUAUGGUUUCAUCUCAGUUUUGUUAUUGUUUUCUUGAAAGUGUGAUUUAAUAAAAAGUUAAAAUUG